UACCUGCAAAAACAAUAGUUUGCCCACGUAGAUCUGUUUGUUAAUAGAAUAAGACUUUAAACAGGUGUUUGAUCUCCUGAUCAAUGGUUUUAGAAUGAGUGUUAUGGACAAACUAAGCUCCUUGGAUGUCAGCUCCAAUGAACAGGUGGAUGAGGCCCUGGAGAAGAUUGCCGAGGAAGAGGCGAGGAUUAAUGAGAAGCUAGAGGGUCUGCUGGCAAAACAGUGCCAGAUAGAAGCCAAAAUGAGUGGCAUCGGCAGAUCCCUGACCCUGCUACAUACCGUGGACACAGACUCCAACAAACUCAACGAGCAAAUUGUAAACACCGCCCAACUGGCGGAAUCUGUGAGCGCCAAGGUUCGCCGUUUGGAUUUGGCCAGAUGCCGUGCUUCUGAAUGCCAGCAACGGGUCCAUGACCUCAUCGAUCUACACCUCUGCAGCCAGGGCGUGGUGAAGGCCAUCGGAGAAGAGGAUUACGAAAAGAGUGCCACGCACAUUGCCCGUUUCCUGGCCAUGGAUCAGCAGCUUCUCCGACGUACUGCCGACGAUGUACAGGGUUCUAUUACAUCCGUAAGUGAUGCCGUCAAGACUCUGGAGGAUGCCACAGAGAAGACACGCGUUCUCAUUGCUAAGAGGUUUGACGAGGCUGUCAAGAGCGAUGACUUGGCCUCUGUGGAGAGGUUCUUCAAGAUAUUCCCGCUAGUUGGUUGCCAUAAAACAGGCAUCGAAAAGUUCUCCGCUUACAUUUGUCAGAAACUGUCGGCCAAGGCGCAGAAGGAGCUGCGAAAUGCCCAAGAUAUUGCCAAAGCGGAGUCUCGUCUUCAACUGGCGUACGCAGAUCGACUUACAGCUAUAUUGGAGAACUUUGCGCGAGUUGUAGAGGUUAACCAGCCAAUAAUUGAAGCCGUCUACGGCAGUCAAUCACCCUCAUCCUUGGUUGACAUGGUUGCUAUUCUGCAACACGAAUGCGAUGCCGAAGUGAAGAAUUUACUUAUGGAGUUUAAUAAGAACCGACAAAUACAGUACCGAAGCAAGCAGGUUAAUGAAUCCACACAGCGAUCCACUGCCAGUGGAGGAGUGGGCAGCAAUAGUAUUCAGGCUCUGGGUCACUAUCGUAAACCAUCUGGCGGAUCUGUCGACAAGCUGAAUCCCAAGGAAAUUGAUGCAAUUAUUGCCGAAAUAACAGUUAUGCACGCCCGGGUUGAGCUGUAUUUCAGAUUUAUGCGUCGCCGCUUGCAAGUUCACGUGGAGACUUGUGCUCCAGAAAAGGAACAGUCUGAAUUGAUGGAGCGCUAUGAGAAGAUUAUGAAAACCUCAGAUUUACGCCGACAAAUGCAGGAGAUUCUAAGCACUUAUUUGCUUUUUGAAAGAUAUUUCAUGGAGGAAAGCGUUAUAAAAGCCAUCGGGCUGGAUACCUACGAAAGCGGACAGCAAUGUUCGUCUAUGGUAGAUGAUGUCUUCUUUAUUCUUCGCAAAUCGAUUCGGAGGUCGUUGACAACGCAGUCGAUUAAUGGAACAUGUGCUGUGAUCAAUAACGUUGCCGCUUGUCUUGAUGGAGACUUUGUGGCGGCCCUUAAGGCUCCCUUGAAAAGUGGAUACCCAUCGGGUUACAUCGACUUGGCGCAAGCAUACAAUGCAAUUCAAACCACACUACAACAGGGCAAACUACAUUCCAGUGAUGCAGAUCGCAGCCGUGCCAAUUUUUUGGUCCAGUUAAACAAUGCCGACAUAUCGACCGAAUAUAUCGAAACCCUCUGGCAGACAAUGGAGCAAGAAAUUGCUGGUACAUUUCCUCAAACUUCUCCGGUGGAGCGACAACUACUGGACAGCUGUCUUACCGAACUCAAAGCGGUUCGUGAUGCAUUGAAAGCUACUGUCGAUUUCGGAAUGCAGCAGCUGAGGUCAAGUGUUGUUAAGCCACGCCUCAAUCCUUGGAUAAAUCAGUUUUUAAAUUAUAGUCACAACUUAAAUGAGGAAGAACUUGCUGCCUAUGAGGCCGGAGAAACUUUCGUUCAGUUCUUUAUUGUGCAGUUGGAUGGUCUCCUGAAUUCCUUUAAAAGCGCCUUGAGUCCAAGGAACUAUGAUGCACUUGUCAGUAUUCUCGCUACCGAAGUAACAAUCCAAUUGGAAAGAGCUAUUAAAAAAAUAACCUUCAACAGACUUGGCGGUCUGGUUCUUGAUCAGGAAGUCCGGGCUUUGGGUAGCUACCUAACCGGAGCCACAUCAUGGUCGGUUCGCGACAAGAUGACGAGGAUUUCUCAAAUCGCCACGCUUCUGAAUCUGGAUAAGAUUUCAGAGCUUUCCGAAUAUUGGAAUCCCGAAAAUAACAAAGAAAUGUCCUCAUGGCAUUUAACGCCCAACGAAGUUCGCACAUUUUUAACUCUAAGAAGCGACUUUCGUAUAGAAGAUAUCAAACGGUUGCAGCUUUAAAGUUCCAACGAAACAACUUCUUUCUGUUUUUGGCUAAACCAAUGAUUGAAAUCCAAUCGCAAAAGAAGCUGAGACAGUGGAUUUAAUGUAGAUGCUGUUUUUGCGUCCACCAGAAGUUGAAUAAGGCUCGCAAUUUGAACACCAAAUCUGUAAAAAAGAUAUUUUCGAGUUAAUUCAAAUAAUACACUAUAUAUUUAUUGCUCUAAGCCUUAUUUAAAUAGCAUAUACGUGCCGUGCAAUAAAGUUAAAAAAAUGUAAU